AUGUCCUCUCAAAAUGCUGGCUCAACGUCACAAACCCAGUCUUCAAGAACACCUACAUUUGCUGAAUCAUCUGCUGCAGGGGAUACAUCCCAGACCAACUCUAAUGUGCAGGUUACACCCCAACAAGUCUUGGCAACGGCAUGCCUCACCAUUGUCAACGACUUCCGACGUUCUAGAUCCUCAAAAAUUGAGGCAAACAUUGCUCUCAUUGAAACCAUAUCAGCUGAGUUAUUUACUACACCGGAACUGCAUAGCUCACCUGAACCGGAGGUCACAAUAGGAAUGUCAGAGAGUGCUCGGUCCAAUCAGCACAAGACGACGAAGAAGCCCCUAUACCAAAGAAUAGGAGCAGAGCCGGAUCAAACGAGCCAGGAGAACCUGCUCGCAAACGAUCCAAGCUCGACUAUUCAUCCGUUGAACUUGCUGUCAAAAGUAGGAAGUACCAACUGCUCUCACCCAGUCUCAAGCGUACCAAUGAGAUCCUCAAGAAUUGGUCACAAGACCAGAAGGAAGUUCGACGAUACCUCAUGUAUCACAAAUACACUCCCGAAUUCCAUAAAAGCAGCUGGACGGAAAUCGUCGGAGGAGAAUGCGUCAACCUCGACGUUGUCCACACCAUCAUUACCUCUUCUUGAGCGGUUGACAAGCAAACCGAGGUUAUCGGGGGAGUUGAAAUCAAAUAUGGCGUCUCGGAGACAGCAUCCAGGAAAAUUGCCACAGACUCGGACUGGUACGCAGCAUGGAAUAAAACAGCUGAUGCCGUCAAAUUCGCUUUCCCUCAUCGAGAGGCUGAGCUCAAUGGAUACUUUGCCUUCAUCUCAAAAUAUUUCUCACAGGCAAACACCUCAGCCCAUGGACGAGUCAUUUGCUUUGACAAAGCCGUCAGGAAUAGAGUUGGCUCUUCGUGCAGACUCGAACUCAUGGACUUUCGAGAAUUUGAAGACCUUAUCUUCUCGCACUUCAACUCAGAUGGAAGACAAUGCAAUGAUGUGUCAGACUCGAAGCUCGGUACUGGAGGCUCAUCAGGAUCGACUGGAAAGCACGAUCCCUGUCGAAAGUGGAAUGCUGGAGAAUGCACACGCAGUGCCGCCUCUUGCAGAUAUGCGCACAUUUGUUCAUUCGAACAGGACGGACAUGUUUGCAGACGCAAACACGUCAAGGACUCAAGAGCCAAAUGAGCGUGGGGACAUCCUGAAAUGA